AUGGAUACAGCAAUUGUUUAUAAAGAAAAAGUCGAAGAUUUAGAUAUAGAGGUGAUUAUGAUGUCAGGAAAACAGACUGCACCUGCAGAGCGAGGCUGUUAUGUGUCUGGAUUACAUCUUUUUGGUGCUUCAUUUGAUUUUCACAAAAAUGUAUUGUGUAAAAAUCAACCCUCAAAACUCGAGACUGCGUUGCCAUGUGUAUGGCUUCAACCUGUAUCAAAAAUUGCACCCAUAAAACCAGGAAAAUCACCCAACCUCGAAGUUCCGAGGCCGAAAAUGGCUAUGCUACGCACGCGCCAACGAAUAGGUUGUCCAGUAUACAUCUAUCAUUCCAAAAAUACACUUGAAAACAAAGAUCUUGAUGAUUGUUCCAAGUCGGCCAAUACUGGAACGCCCAGUCCUGAAGAUCUAUACUUGUUUUAUGCCGAGUUUUCUACCGAAGUUCCAGUGAAAUUUUGGAUUGAAAAAAAUAUCUCGAUAGUAUGCGAAGUUUAG